AUGGUCAGGGCUGAUUCGUCUGCAAAUGACCUCCAGCCGGACGACAAAAAGGAGACAACUUCCAAGAAGAAGAAAGCCGCACAGAAGAAAAAGGAUGUCACCACAGGCAUCUGGCCCUGUAAAAUCAAUGGAUGCAACAAACAGUUCGCUCGAGAAGCCGAUCUCAAGCGACACCAGAGGACGACAAAACUGCAUUCUAUGCCUGGUUUUGCAUGUCCGCAAUGUGAUGCAACCUUUACACGAACGGAUGCACAGAGGAGACACCAGAAAUCUAGGCAUAAUGGUGUCGUCAUCGAAUCCCCUGGGCAGGAGAAAACCGACGGAACCGAGGCCUCCUCAAGCAACCAAUCUCGAAGCAGGAGUGGGACCCCUUCACGCAAAGGAAAAGAAAAGGCAACAGGCAUUCCAGUCGAAACACAUCAGGGCACACCGAAUGUUGGUGGUCCUUCUAGUUAUUACCGUUCACAUACUGCUACCAUGACUUAUGUCCCUCCACGAUAUCCCCCAAUUAGCUUACCAACGUCUUCAGCAAGGACAACACCAAACUGGGUCUACCCCCACAAUGCACCAAGCCUCCUGGUCCCUAUGACCUAUUCAUACCCACCGCCCCAGAAUGUAUAUUAUACACCCUCUCCGCACUAUCGAACCAAUGGGAGCUACCCUCCGCCACCGUCAUCGUCCGCCCACCCACCAACAACGAACAACAUGAGCGCAUCCUCAUCAAAUGGCAGCCCCAUCAGCCCAGAAACUUCUUCCCCAGGUCCCAUGUCGACUUCUAAUUCCAGCAGUAGCUCUAAUUUAUCAACGAUGGAACAUUGUCUUUCACCAACAACCCAACUUACCGCCGAGGAAGUGGAAAUGGCCAUGCAGGCCGUCAUCAAGCUUCAUGCAGAGGCGGAAAAAGCGUCACAACGGCAAAAUGGGCUCGAGUUGGAUGGUAAUCGAAGCGUGUUUGGCACGAGAGUUGGGUCGCAGAGCCUUGAGAAUACUGACAGGACAUCGGGACUCAAUGACUUGAAUGGUCUGCAUGGGUACGGUCCCCCACUUGACCGCCCUGAACCGAUGGAACAUAUACUUACCGAGGAUGGAGAGCCCAUGCUCAAUCCAGCUGAACUUUUGACUCAGGAAUCUCUUGCCUCGCCUCCCCCUUCAUGA